AUGGUAGGCAUAUCAUCUAGCAGGAUUCCGGGUUUUGCCAACUUGUCUAAUUGUCUCGCGCAGCAUGCAGCUGUCGGCUCGCAGGCGGUGCGAAACUAUCGCAGUUUCCAAGGCGACGAGGCAAAGGUCCUCAUGAGGGACCUCCUUGAGGAGCCUGAUGACUUUGAACUAUCCAUUGAGCGAUAUACAAUCUCCGUCACUUCGAUUACUGGCUGGGGUCGGCGGGUUGACCGCAAGAAUGACUAUGUCGCCCAGCAGGCUCUCAAAAUCAUGGAAUCCGUCAACUUUGUCAUUCCGGGCCUUUUCCUAAUGGAAGCUGUUCCCGCCAUGCUUCACCUUCCCGCAUGGUUGUACAGCCUUCCUAGUGCCCUGCGCAUGGGGGCCGCAAUCGGGGCACGGUAUUUCCUGAUGCUGACAGAUGAGGGCGCCCGAUCGGAACAGCAAAGCUUUGCGAAAUACAUGCUCCAGGCCAAGGAAAAAUUCGAGAUGAGUGAUGUUGAGGUCGCCGGUUUGAUGGCUAACUUGAUAGGAGGAGGUGUUGACACAACUUCAAGCACUAUGCUAAGCUGCAUCCUUGCGCUGGCAUGCUUUCCCCAGGUGCAGCGCAAGGCGCAGGAGGAGAUAGAUAGAGCUGUAGGCCAUGAUCGUUCGCCUACCUGGGAAGAUAUUGACCAGGGCGCUCUCCCUUAUCUAACAGCACUUGUUAAAGAGGUCCUGCGUUGGCGGACGGUGACGGUCUUAGCUGGAAUUCCUCACGCAAACACCACGGACAUUGAAUACAAGGGCUAUUAUUUCCCCGCUGGGACCAACUUCACUGGUAAUAUGUGGGCUAUCCACCGAAACCCUCGUGAUUUCCCAGACCCUGAUACAGUUCGGCCGGAGAGAUUCCUUGGAGGGCUGGAAACCCCAUACCCCAACGCCCGCGGGAGCAAUCCGUUCGGCUGGGGCCGAAGGCAAUGCAGCGGACAGCCAUUAGCUGAGCAGGGACCUUUGUUUUCACUCGGGCGGUUGAUUUGGGCGUUCAAUGUGCAACCGGGUCUCGACGAGAAGGGUGAACAAGUCAGACUGGACAUUUUCGCUUACACGGAAAGUGAAAAUCAACGGCCGCAGCCAUUCCCGGCUCGCUUUAUACCCCGAUCCGAGAAAAUACGCCAGCUCCUGCUCGACGAAGCGGCCGAGGCGCGGGAAUCGCUCCGCAUAUACGACGGGGAAACCAAGAUUACUAUGGAGGAUGCUGCGCAGAAUCCGGCCAUGGUCUGA